ACGAGUAACUUUUUGAUACAAACGAAACAACUUAACAUACAUUUUUAUUUUGUUGGAUAAAUUCCUCGCCGGCACCGCCGAUGAGUCUCACCGGCGGCUCCCCUCUUGACUGGAAGUUUUCUCAGGUUUUCGGUGAACGUACUCCUGGAGAAGAUGUCCAAAACAUUGAUGUAAUAUCUGCAAUUGAAUUUGACAAGAGUGGUGAUUAUCUUGCGGUUGGUGAUCGAGGAGGCCGUCUUGUAAUUUUUGAAAACAAGGCUGGCGGUAAAGAUGUAACAAGCAAGCAACAUUCUCAUAAGGAGUUGGAAACAUCAGAUGUUUCUGUAAUGCGGCAUCCUGAGUAUAGAUACAAGACGGAAUUCCAAAGUCAUGAGCCGGAGUUUGAUUAUCUAAAAAGUGUGGAAAUUGAAGAGAAGAUUAACAAGAUGAAAUGGUGCACGACCUUGAAUGGGGCACUCUUUAUACUUUCAACAAACGACAAAACCAUCAAACUUUGGAAGGUUAAGGAACGAAAACUGAAGAAAGUAAAGGAAAUGGACCUAAGUCCAUAUGUUUCUUCUGAGAAUUCUCUACUGUCUGAAAGCAGUUUUGUCAGCGGGGAAUCUAAACCGUCAGUUUCUAAUGGUCAUCGUCUAGAAUGGAUAGAUAGUAUGGGAACAAGUAACUCACCUUCAAAUGCAGGAUAUGUAAAUGGGCAAAAUAUUGGGGAUACUGCUCUUGCAAGAUGUCGGAAGAUGUAUGCACAUGCUCAUGAUUAUAACAUCAACUCUAUCUCUAAUAAUAGUGAUGGUCAGACGUUUAUUUCUGCGGAUGACCUUCGGAUAAACUUAUGGAACCUUGAGGUCAGUAAUCAAUGCUUCAAUAUCAUUGACACGAAGCCAUCAAACAUGGAUGAUCUCACAGAGGUGAUAACAUCAGCUGAGUUCCAUUUACUGCAUUGUAAUUUGCUCGCUUAUAGCAGCUCAAGGGGUUUUAUUCGGCUAGUAGACUUGAGACAAUCAGCAUUAUGUGAUCGCAGUUCUAUGAUGUUGCAGGAUGCUGAGCCCCGGGGGCAGAAAACUUUUUUUUCAGAAAUUGUAGCAUCAACUUCUAGUAUAAAGUUCUCAGCAGAUGGAAGGCAUAUCUUAAGUCGUGACUACAUGAAUUUAAAGCUGUGGGAUAUGCGUAUGGCGACAUCGCCAGUUGUGACAUAUAAAAUUCAUGAGCAUCUUCGCCCAAAGCUAAGUGACUUGUAUAACAAUGACGCCAUAUUUGACAAGUUCGAUUGCUGCAUUAGUGGAGAUGGCAGUCACUUUGCAACAGGAUCGUAUAGCAAUCACAUGAGAAUAUUCUCUAACGGAAGCGGAAGCACAGAAGGAACUACAGUGGAGGCUAGCAGGAACUCUUACAGAAAACGACCACAACAAGCAACUUCAAGGGCUAGAAGAACAUCCCUGAGCAACUUGACCCGAGGGUUUUACCGACAAGGAAAUGAUGCUUCAGGGACAGGAACUAAUGAGUUUUCUUGCGACAUUAAUUCAAAGUUACUGCAUUUAGCUUGGCACCCGAAAACCAAUUUGAUUGCAUGCUCUACUGGAAACAGUUUGUUCAUGUACUAUGCAUAGAAUCAAACAAGAAGCAAGUACUUUCAACAACUAUCUCAACAAAAAAUCAAGAUAUAUUUUUAACGUUUAGGACAUAUGUUCAGCACUUUUUUAAGUAACUAAGCUAACAGGAUUGUAUUCUGCAACCAUUUUUCAAUGGUACUAAAACAUCAUAGAAUUGAUUUUGAUUUGCAUAAUACAAGAACCUUCAGUGGUAUAUGAUAAACCAAAAUUUCUUUGGUAAAAGUGUUUCACUUUUGACUUCUUGUUUUUGUAUGAUUAUAUGAUCUGUUCAUGA